AUGGUGGGCGUCAAGAAAGCCGCGCUUGCGGAGGAGAGCGCCGAGGUCGAGGUCCUUUUUGCGAACAUGGAGAAGCUGAAGGGCUUGACGAAGAAGAUUCAGGGCUCGCUGAACCGUUUGGAGACCAGCGGCAAGAGCGUUCAGGAGGCCAUUGGGCCCAUCUACGGAAACACGCAGAAGCUGCAGACUACCAACUCGAACGUGGACCGAAUCAUAGACGCCAUCGACCGGAUACGGCAGCCGCUCGACCAGAGGGGUCGCGAAGAACAGAUCAUCAAUGCUGGUCCGAAGAAAGCAGGCCUCGGGGACUUCAUCGCUUCCUUGGAUCGCACCACUCAGGCCCUCGGCGACCUCAAGUACUCGAACCUCCGUUCGAACCAACAGGCCAUAGCCGAGUUGAAUUCGUUGUUGAAGAGAGGCACCAAACAGUUGGAGGAUGUUUUCAAAGAAAUCCUCCGGGAAGAUGCACGUCCUGUGGAGCCGUUGCAUUACAUUACAAAGCAACUGCCGUUCCCCACGCUACCUCAGGAGAAGAUGUCGAACCUGCGAACCAUCAACUCGCACAUGGCUGCCUCGGCUGCGCAGAUGGCUCAAGCUGAUGCGCGGGAAACGCCUUCUGCGAAGAUCUAUGCCGAAGUCCGUGGAGAGUACAUCACGAACACCAUGCGUAACCUGGCCGCUGCUUGUAUCAAUACCGCCAGAAAGACUACCGCUGAUGCGAUAUACCGCCAAGGUACCAAUGGCAUCGGAACCUAUGCCUCUGGCCUGGAGGGACUUUUCAUGGCCGAGUACGAGAACAUCUGUCCAAUCUUCGCGCGUGAGGACUGGGCUCGUGUUUACUCCCAAGCGUGUCAGAUGGCCCUGAACGAAUUUGCUAAGACACUAAGGGAACUCAACAAUCAUGUCAAGAGUAAUCUGACCACUGAUUGCUUCCUUGCGUAUGAGAUUAUUGACAUUGUCUCUAACCUCUCGCUGCGCCUGGAGAAGCAGACGGGAGAGCUGAAGCGGCCGAUUGCCGACUCAGUCAAGCCUAUACGCGAAACCGCGAAAGUCUCGCUGCGCACGCUGAUGGAAGAGGCACGCAACAAGGUGGCCACGCUGAUUGCUAUUCCCAUCGAUGGUGGUGCUUCCAACACCACCAAUGAGAUGAUGGCACGCCUUCAGCAGAUGACCAAUUACCUUGACCCUUUGGCUUCGAUUUUAAUAUCUUUGGGGGAUGGAGGCUGGUCCACAGCCUCUGCUUCGUCGUCGACAACCUCUCUAAGCAAGUCGUUCGACGUUGGAGCGGACGGCCGGCAACUUUUUGCUCACUAUGCUAUGGAAAUGAUCGAGACUCAGUUGAAGGAGCUCGAUGCCAAGGGUCGCAUGCUGCACAAAGGCAAGGCAUUGCAGGGAGUUUUUAUUGCUAACAACGUUGCCAUUGUUGAAAGGAUGAUCCGUUCCUCGGACCUUGCCAUUCUGCUGGCUGGCGCAGCGAAGUUGGUCGAAACGUGGCGGAAACGAGCCACACAGAUGUAUUUGGAUGCUUGGAAGGAGCCUUCCGGCUGUCUUCUUGACGUUCAGUACACAAACCGCGGAGGAAGACCUCACUCAGGGGGUGCGGGAUCCGUCGAUUCCGCGUCCGUGGUCAAGAACCUCAGCUCCAAGGAUAAAGACAACGUCAAGGAGAAGUGGAAGAGCUUCAAUACGUCUUUCGACGAGCUGAUCGCCAAGCACAGGAGCUAUGCGAUGGAAAAAGAGGUCAAGGCCCACCUGGCGCGCGAGGUGCAGACUAUGAUCGAGCCGCUGUACGGGCGCUUCUGGGACCGGUAUCACGAGAUCGAUAAGGGCAAGGGCAAGUAUGUCAAAUACGACAAGUCGCAGCUGGCAGCGACGCUGGCGGGUUUGGCGUGA